UUUUCUUGAUUUUUUUUCGCAGUGUAUAAAAGUGAAAAUAAUAGAUUAAGAGUAUAGCAGCACAGUUGUUGAUAAUGUCGUCUGAAAAUGGAAUACUGCUGGUUGAAGCUCUUUACUCCUUCAAAGGGAAAAAUAACGAUGAGUUAUGCUUUAGGAAGGGUGACAUAAUCACAGUAACACAACGUGAGGAAGGAGGCUGGUGGGAAGGCACACUAGAUGACAAAACAGGAUGGUUUCCCUCAAAUUAUACCAAGGAGCACAAGCCACCAGAUGGUGGAUCCAUAUCGCCACUACAUGGGGAUAGUGAUCUCAUUAGCCCACAACAUUCCCAACAGCAACAGAUUUAUCGUAACUUAGUUUUGAAAGAUAUACUGGACUCAGAAAGAACUCAUGUAGCAGAUUUGCAAAACCUUCAUGCGACCCACUUGACAGCUUUACACAAAUCUGAAUUAUUUGUUUGCAAUUGCUUCGAGUGGGCGACUGACGUGGGCGCAGAAGGCAAGAUUCAUCCUGGUCUUCUGCAAGAGUGGUUUAAGAUCGCCAUCACCGUCAUGGAUUCCCUGCUCGCCAUCAUCGCCCUUCUUGCCAACGUCUUCACGCUCAGGGUCAUUAGCAAAAUUAGGUUAGAUUGUUAUCAGCCGAAUUAG